AUGGAGCCUGGUGACGCGGCGCGCCCGGGCCCGGGGCGGGUAGUUCGGGCGCUGCGGCCGCGGCUGCUCUUGCUGCCGCUACUGCCACUGCUGCUGGGUCGGGGGCUGCGUGCCGGGGCCGCGGCCUCCUCCUCUGGGGCGGCGGCCGAGGACAGCAGCGCCAUGGAGGAGCUCGCCACGGAGAAGGAGGCGGAGGAGAGCCACCGGCAAGACAGCGUGAGCCUGCUCACCUUCAUCCUGCUGCUCACGCUCACCAUCCUCACCAUCUGGCUCUUUAAGCACCGCCGGGUGCGCUUCCUGCACGAGACCGGGCUGGCCAUGAUCUACGGCCUCAUUGUUGGGGUGAUCCUGAGAUACGGCACCCCUGCCACCAGUGGCCGUGACAAGUCCCUGAGCUGCACUCAGGAAGACAGGGCCUUCAGCACCUUGUUAGUGAAUGUCAGUGGGAAGUUUUUCGAAUACACCCUGAAAGGAGAAAUCAGCCCUGGCAAGAUCAACAGUGUGGAGCAGAAUGACAUGCUGCGGAAGGUGACAUUUGAUCCAGAGGUAUUCUUCAACAUUUUGCUGCCUCCAAUUAUUUUCCAUGCUGGAUACAGUCUCAAGAAGAGGCACUUUUUCAGAAAUCUUGGGUCUAUUCUGGCCUAUGCCUUCUUGGGGACUGCUGUUUCCUGCUUCAUUAUUGGAAAUCUCAUGUAUGGUGUGGUGAAGCUCAUGAAGAUUGUGGGACAGCUCUCAGACAAAUUUUACUACACGGAUUGUCUCUUUUUUGGAGCAAUUAUCUCUGCUACUGACCCGGUGACUGUGCUGGCGAUAUUUAAUGAACUGCACGCCGACGUGGAUCUCUAUGCACUUCUGUUUGGAGAAAGUGUCCUGAAUGAUGCUGUGGCCAUUGUGCUGUCCUCGUCUAUUGUUGCCUACCAGCCCGCGGGGCUGAACACUCACGCCUUUGAUGCUGCUGCCUUCUUUAAGUCAGUUGGCAUUUUUCUGGGUAUAUUCAGUGGCUCUUUUACUAUGGGAGCUGUGACUGGUGUUGUGACCGCUCUUGUGACCAAGUUUACCAAGCUGCACUGCUUCCCCUUGCUGGAGACGGCGCUCUUCUUCCUCAUGUCUUGGAGUACGUUUCUUCUGGCCGAAGCCUGCGGAUUUACAGGUGUUGUAGCUGUCCUUUUCUGUGGGAUCACUCAAGCCCACUACACCUACAACAAUCUGUCAGUGGAAUCGAGAAGUCGAACGAAGCAGCUCUUUGAGGUGUUACACUUCCUGGCAGAGAACUUCAUCUUCUCCUACAUGGGCCUGGCACUGUUUACCUUUCAGAAGCACGUUUUCAGCCCCAUUUUCAUCAUUGGCGCUUUCGUUGCCAUCUUCCUGGGCAGAGCUGCACAUAUCUAUCCACUCUCCUUCUUCCUCAACUUGGGCAGAAGGCAUAAGAUUGGCUGGAAUUUCCAACACAUGAUGAUGUUUUCAGGCCUCAGGGGAGCGAUGGCAUUUGCAUUGGCUAUCCGCGACACAGCAUCCUACGCUCGCCAGAUGAUGUUCACCACCACUCUCCUCAUCGUCUUCUUCACUGUGUGGAUCAUUGGUGGAGGCACGACUCCCAUGUUGUCAUGGCUUAACAUCAGAGUUGGCGUCGAGGAGCCCUCCGAAGAGGACCAGAAUGAUCGCCGCUGGCAGUACUUCAGAGUUGGUGUUGAUCCAGACCAAGACCCACCACCCAACAAUGACAGCUUUCAAGUCUUACAAGGGGACGGUCCAGAUUCUGCUGGAGGGAACCGGACAAAACAGGAGAGUGCAUGGAUAUUCAGGCUGUGGUACAGUUUUGACCACAAUUACUUGAAGCCCAUCCUCACUCACAGCGGCCCCCCUCUGACCACCACUCUCCCUGCGUGGUGUGGCUUGCUAGCUCGCUGUCUGACCAGUCCCCAGGUGUACGAUAACCAAGAGCCACUGAGAGAGGAGGACUCUGAUUUCAUCCUGACCGAGGGUGACCUCACCUUGACCUACGGGGACAGCACAGUGACUGCGAAUGGCUCCUCAGGCUCCCACACAGCCUCUACAAGUCUGGAGGGCCGGAGAACAAAGAGCAGCUCUGAGGAAGUGCUGGAGCGAGACCUGGGAAUGGGUGACCAGAAGGUUUCGAGCCGGGGCACCCGCCUAGUGUUUCCAAUGGGGGAUAAUGCGUGACAUUCCCCCAAACCUGGAAGCAAUGGGGUAAGCCCCUAGUGGGGUGAGGAUGGCCACAAGCUCCUGUGGUGUUUGAGGUUGGGGCAUUGACUGGAUAGAAAUAAUGCUUCUGUUUUUACUGGGGUCUGAAACUAUCUUACUUAAAAUUCAUCCCAAGACACAGAUGGUGAAGCUAAGGUAUCUCUAAAUUAAGACAAACACAGCCCUAUUCCUACUUUUUUACCUAGUAGUGCGCUGUUUCAGAGUUAAACAAACAUAGCAUGCUUUAAUGGUCUCUCAAUUCAUUCGCCUGCAGCAUCUGAAGAAGGUGGGGCAGGCGUUGGGGACUCCUCCCUCAGAGACGUCAUCUCCAGACACAGCAGUGCUAGGCUAGCUGGCACUAAAAAUAACAAGUUAGGGGAGAACAGGCUAGAAGAAAGAUUGCAAAGGAAGGCAUAUAAAAUUGGACCCUGUAGGACGAUGGAAAUCUGGUGUUACAUGGGACAGAAAACGUGGAAAAGCAAUUUGAGCGGAGAUGCCAGCGACAAAGGCCACUGACUACAUCCUCAUUCAUAUCAAGAUUCUUGACUUUUUAUGUUACUUGUGUUUCUUCUAGACUGAAGAGAAUAUAUAUCCAUGAACAUCCAACAUGAGGGAAUUAUAAUUCUUUAUCUAGAAAUUUCCAUAAAGAAAAAGUUAUUGAAAUGUUUAAAACCAAAGGCAAAUAGUAUCACACUGUUUUUGUUGUAAUUAAUCUAAGGACAAGGAGGUAUUUAAAAACUGAUGAUGAUGUCAUUACAGAACUCACUCAACUUUUGACAGCUACUGCCUGGGAAAUGAUUACUAGGACUGAAGUGUCUACUGGGAUUUCAAAAUAACACCAAAAUGUGUAGGAUGCUUUUAUCUGGGAAGGAGAUGUCAACAAGAAACCUAAAAGGCAAUCGACUAGUAUUCAGAGGGAAAGUAAUCUCAGUGCAAAAAAAAAAAAAAAACUACAAA